GCUCGUGAGGAGAAGAGCCGUGAACUCCGCGUCUCCUAAACUAACAGGAUAUUAUCAUGGAUAACACGUUUACUUUACUCUUAAGAAGUACUGUCUAUGACGUCUAGAGUUAAGAGUGUGGACAUUCUUCUUCAUUCGGUGCGUGUGCGUUAAAGGAGCCGUUAAUAAUGUUCCGUUUGUUGUCGCUGGCGGCGGCGGAGCGCAGCAGACAGAAGCAGCGGCUCGAGCUCACUGUGGCGGGAAUCUGUGAGCUCGAGAUGCUCAAGCAGCGGCACGAGACUCUGAUCAUGAGCGCGCUCACGCUGCACGCGCCCGAACCAGAACCCGAAUCACACGGUCCGAUCCGAACCGCCCAGGACGACUCGAACCCGGACACCUCAUGGAGUCUGAUGAACAUUCUACAGCAUCAAGUUGGAGAAUUGAGGAUGGAUUCUGAAAGCUGCUCAGUGGAGCCCCCUACUGACGGGGCAGACAAUCCAUCCAGCUCGGAUGAUAUGAUUGUUGGCAAUCGUGAGGUGGUCCAGAAUGGUUGUGUUCGCACAAUGGUUCCUCGUUCUCUCUCUGCACCAUACCCUCCACUCGAGGGCAUCGGUGAAUACGAGUUGUGGCCAUGUCAGCCCAUUGAGGGCAUAGAAGAGGAACCGACGGCAGAGGAUUAUAGACAGGCACGGCGCGUGGAAACGUACAUCAUAGGAUUGAUCCAAAGGCGCUCACUUCCUCUCAGACCCAAUAAGCCACGCACCAGUCUUGGACCUGAGAGCAGAGGUGUGGUCAGGCAGAGCAGUCUGUGUCAUAAAGACCCUCCCUACAGCCCAGAACACCACAAGACCUCGCCCAGUCCAGAGAGACGCGCGUGGGCCUGCCACAGCCUGGACGAGGAGCAGCAUUCUGUCCGGUAUUCCAGGUCUGUGCUGGCUGGGAUUCGCUCCACCUCUCUGGAUUUUCCUUGUGGCGCUCUGGACCCCAUCAGCAGCGAAGCGGAAUCUGCACAAAAUUUCCACAGCUACCAUCACGUACACUCGCCGCCUUCUGACGAGCUGGUAAACGCCCAGUAUAUCCCUGCACAGCCCUGUCGCGCUCAAGCUAGAGCAGCAACGCACCGGACGCACGUCGCCCCUAAAGCCACUCGUGGGGCAUACUCACCUGAGAGGGCACUUACUAAGCACAGAGUCGCGCUGAAGAAGUGUCGCUUCACAGAGGAGAAAAUCACGGCAAAGAAACCAGGCCGCAAAGCCUGCCGUGCCCAAUCGGAAAACAGCCUGCUGGGACAGCGAGGAGUCACAGAACGCAAAUAUAACACAGUCGAGCGGGAUGCAGAGCGUAACGCACAGCCCAAAACACACCGAGCACAAGGUGGCUCGGGUCACCGGCGCUGGCGCUCCACAUUGGAGUUGAGUCAAGAUGAGGCGGAGCCACCGCCUGAACAACCAAUCAGACGCUCCCGUAAACCUCGUCCCGCCCCACCUCCCUGCCUCUCACAGCACCAUCCUCAGCCUCACGUCCGCGGCGAGUACCCGCCACGUGCCGCACUCUGUCUGCCGGUGGAGGAUUAUGCGCACCCCGUCCCGGGCGAAUCCGAGUCCAGUCUGAGCGAGGCAGAGUCGCCCGGGUCGAUCUCGCUGUCCAGUGACACAGAUGAGAGCGGUGGAUUAGUGUGGCCACAGCAGCUCCCACCACAGCUGGCCCCACCCUCGACACCCAACCUGCCCGAAAGCACGCUGCAGCCCAAAGCUUUCGUCAAGAUCAAAGCCUCGCACGCGCUCAAGAAGAAGAUUCUGAGAUUCCGAACGGGGUCACUUAAAGUCAUGACCACCGUUUGAGUGACAGGGUUUAAAGAGACAAACAAACAUAAACAAUGAGGAUGGGUAAAAGUACUUAGUGCGAUCGUGAUGCAAUCAUGAAAACACAUUAAUUACAUUACUUUCAGUCCAGGGCAAAGACAAAACGCGACACUGAGACCGAAUUCACCCCUAGUAUUAAGAUGCGUUUCAGCUGAUCCAAUCACAAGUAGACAGACCUAUAUACUAGGACUGGGUAUUGACUUCUCAGUUUGAUUUAAUUCCAAAUCACAAGCAUUCGAUUUGUCUCCGAUUUUAUAAGAUUCUUAUUCAUUCGGCUACACUGCAAAAAAUAUAUAUUUUUUAACUGUAUUUUUUGUCUUGUUUUCCUGUAAAAAUAUCUAAGCAUUCUUAAACAAGAUACAUUUACUUGUCAUAAAAUGACAAGACAUUUUAGGCCCUAUUUUAAGAGCGCUAAGUCAUAAGUCAUACACGCAAAGUCAAUGGGCAUGGCAAGGAAGUUUUGGUAUUUUCGUGUAAGCAUGCGAUAAAGUCUAGGCACAAAUGGGUUUGGCAAAAUUACGUGCACAAUGCACUAAUGGGCUGGGUGAAGUGUAAUUUAAUUCGGAGGUUCUUCUCCGGCACCAUCUGUGUCAUAUUAUAUAGUCCAUUUCCUGUCAAGCACCAGCGAAGACAGCACAUUCAUAAGAAGUUGGUCGUGUAAAUGGACUGUAUGCAGUGAACUUUUUGUGCAUUAACUGCGUCCUUGUUGAAUGUCAGGCAUAUUUCUAUGACAGUGACACUCCUUUUCAAUGCAUGAAAAAUGUGGUUCACGUCAGGAUAUGGAUUUACGCUCCAUUAAAUCAUAGAGAAUGUAAGUAUUAUUAAUUAUUUACAUCUGCGGACACACAAAUCAUGGCUAGCAUUAACAGUGAUUGUAUCAGACGCACUUCAGCUAUUUUAAAAUUGUAAAAAAUGUAAUUCUUUUAUUGAAACACGAAAAAAUGUAACCAAAAUUAUUUCUAAAUUCAAAUGACACUUUAUACAAAAUAAAAAUAUAAUAAAAAAUAACGAAGUGGUCAAAAAAAUCAUAACAAAUCCAAACAUUUUACCCUCUCCAACUUUCAUCAGCCUCUUCUGCACUGACUUAAAAAUCACUCUAUGACAACAGGUGGAAAAAUACCAAUACAAAUACAUUUGUAAAUAUAAACAUAGCUGAAAAAUAAACCAUGACCUAAAUCUCAUGAAUAUUUGUUUCAUAAAACGUCUACAAUAGUGAUCAUUACAGACAUAAUUUAAUGCUCCAAAGUAUUUUCAGAGUUUGGACAUGAAGUUUAUCACCAUCUGCUGGUGGAAUCUCCAAACUGAAAAUGCAGGAACUGAGUUUAGACUUUGCGCUGAAAACAGAGUUGCUUUUGAAACGUCUUAGCACAAUGAACUAUUUCUCAGGAUAUUAGCAAAUUGCACUUUGUGCAACUUCAUUAACAUACAAUACAUCCACAGUUUGCGCACAUACACCCAGAGAUAACGCAAACACUCCCACCAAUGCCCACUUGCGCUUUGCGCUGGCAGAAAAUCAAUUAAUUUUUUGCUGUUUUAAGGAUUUUUAGAUAUUUUUACUUGGAAAAAAAGACAAAAAUACUCCAAAAAAAAAAAAAAAAAUUGUUUUGUUUUUUGCAGUGUAUAUUUCAGUAACUGUAUAAUGUCUGUUUUGCUUACAUACAAAAUAAAUUCUCUCCUGUAAAUUAUACAGGGAACUUUCUAACCUGGUACAUUAUGAAAAUAUGAAUAAAAAUAAUUAACAACAGAGCCCAAAUAUGCAGUUCAGUUGAUAUUUAUUAAACACAUAUAAUAAAAAACACAACUGAAAGUAAACUUUAAAGCAAAAAAUAGAUCUCUGGAUUUUUGGAAUCAAUAUUGGGAUUGUUCAAAUGAAGAUUGCGAUUAUCUAAAAAUCUAUAUUUUUACCCAGCUCUACUAAAUACAGGUGUAAAUAUGAUCUAAAACAUUUUAAAAUUUGUCAUCUUCAACCGCAUUCAGCGGUCAGAAACGCAUGUGACCGCAUCACGUGUCAUGAUGUGUCCCGGACAACAUUGAAGCACCGCCCACUCACCUGUCAAUCAAACACUGCUCUAAAGCAAGAGUAUUAAACUUUCCCGUUUGCAUCCAGUUGAGCUCUAAACUCAUACUGAUCAGACACGCUCUCAACAUCACGGUCAGUAGCGCUGUGUGUAUGAUGAUGUCACACCUGUAAAUGUCUGUAUUUAUGAAUGUAAUCUGUAAAUAAAGACCUGGGACCACGUCUGCAAACCGCUUGAGAUGAGAUCAGCUUCUGUCUGGAGAGAUUUGUAGAGUUUCAAAUGUGUCUUUCUGUAAAAGCUCAAACUCUGAAAUUUUACAAAUGCACUGAGGCACAUAAUCUUUCUCCAUUCUUUUUUAUUUAUUUAUUAUUUUUAUUUUUGUAAAGAUUUUGCAACUCACAAAAUGUCAUGCUCAAACGCUGGACAAAGUUAAUGAUACAAUUAAAGGGACAGUUAAUGGUAAAUAACAUUGGAGACAAAACACAAAGGAAUAUUUCAUCCAAAACUGAAUUUUUUUUACUCGCCCUCAUUUAAUUCGAAACCUGUUUGACUUUCUUUCUGUGCAACACAAAAGGAGAUGUUUAGCAGAAUAUUUGCAAAAAUGCAUUUUAAGUCAAGAUAUUUUUAUUUGUAUAGUGCUUUUCACAACAUACAUCAUAUCAAAGCAGCUUUACAGAAAAUAAUGCUUUAACCCUUUAAGCUUGGAUGGGCCCGCGAGAAAAAUAAAUAAUCAUUAAAAUAUUAGUGACGACAAUCUUGACCAACACAAAAUAGGUAUCGUUUGAAAGUUUAGAAGCUCUACUUUCCAAUGCAUGUCGACAUUAUGACCAAAACUGAACAAGUGCUUUGAAAUUUGCAGACAAAUCAGAAGUGUUACAUUUUGCUAAUUUAUUAAAAAAAAAAAUUAACGGUACAUAUUAUUGUAAUCCGUAAAAACAUCAAACUGAUCAAAUAGUCAUGUGUCAUAUGUUGUUGGAAAUCUCUCAAAGAGUAAAAUACAACCAGUAUAUUUGUUUUACUCACAGACAAAAAUAUAGUGAGUAAUAGAUAUUAUUAUAUGUCUUUGACAAUUAUGUUGGUGUUGCUUAUAUGUUGCUUUUUCGCUUAUAACUUCACAUAAUAUAAACGGAAUAUAUAAUUUCAAAUCAUUACU